UUUUUUAUAACUCCACACCUUCUAUAGAUAACUCAACCCAACCUUCUAUAUCUACCCCAAUUUAAGAAGGCAACUUUCUCAUCUUCUCCAGGCAUGUCUAAAGCAAAUGUAAGAAAACAGAUUCUGGAGAAGAACAGCAUUUUCAUCAAAGAAAAAGAGAAGCCACUAAGUAGUCAAGGGCUCUUCACUAAACACCUUAAGAGAGUUUAUCCAAUUGGGCUACACAGAAGCUCUUCAUCACUAUCCCUAUCAUCUGUGUCAUUAUCUUUGUCACAGAACUCAAAUGAUUCUUCUCUUACAGAUUGUUCAGCGACUCCAUUGGAACAGAAGAUAUCCUUGGCGCUUCGCCUAAUUUCACCAUCGGAAAGAAGAGAAGUCCCAGUGGCUAGAAACUUCCAAACACGGCAGCAGCGGCAGCAGCAACAGCAAAAGCAAGAUCAGGGGUCUAAUGAUGGGGAGUUGAAGAGGUGCAACUGGAUUACAAAGAACAGUGAUAAAGUUUAUGUAGCAUUUCAUGAUGAAUUCUGGGGAGUUCCGGUAUACGACGAUAUACAAUUGUUCGAGCUGCUUGCGUUGUCUGGUAUGUUGAUGGACUAUAAUUGGACAGAGAUCUUGAAAAGAAAGGAACUGUUCAGAGAAGCUUUUGACGGAUUCAAUCCAAAUAUUGUUGCGAAAAAGGGAGAGAAAGAAAUCAUGGAGAUAGCCUCCAAUAAGGCGAUCAUGUUGGCUGAGAGCAGGGUGAGGUGCAUAGUAGACAAUGCCAGAUGCUUACUGAAGAUUGCAAGGGAGUUUGGAUCUUUUAGUAACUACAUGUGGGGUAAUGUAAAUUUCAAACCAACAAUCAACAGAUAUAAGUAUCCGAGAAAUGUUCAACUAAGGUCUCCGAAAGCAGAAGCCAUUAGCAAGGAUCUACUGAAGCGUGGAUUUCGAUUCGUCGGACCAGUGAUAGUGUACUCAUUCAUGCAAGCAGCAGGGCUGACAAUUGAUCAUCUUGUAGAUUGUUAUAGGUAUGGUGAAUGCGUAAGCCUUGCAGAAAGACCACGGAGGCAUAUCUAAUGUUCAUAGCAAUUCCACUUGUCCUUGAACAUUAAGCUCUCAGAUUAUUUAUUAAUGGCCUUCUCUGCUAGCAUAGCUCUUGAUCGUAUACCUUUGUUUUGGACAUUGACAAGUUAUUUGUUUUGUUAUUUGCCGGUGACUUUCAUGGAUGAAUAAGACUAAAAUACUUAAAAUCA